UACCACCUAAAAUCGUGUUGAAAAAAAAUGCAUUUUUAAAAGUGUAUGUAUGUGGUAUGUUAGUGGCGAACAUAAGAAAUAUGAGUUACCAUUAAAAACCCACACCCUAAACGAAGUGUAUUAUUAAAUUUUUCUAAGCUUUUGACCUGUUCCAAUUUACAAAUAUGUUGCGCUAUCUGCUAAUUCUUUGCGCCUUAAAAAGCGUUACUUGCGGUGACACUGAGUUACUAACUCAAACUGUUUACGGAUUUUUGGAUUUUACAACUACUAUUGGGAAUACUGUUAUGGUGUUCUCACCCCAAAGCUCUCCAGCCUUCGAACUUAAAUCCAACAAUACUCACGAGAUAAUAAAUAUCAUAGAAACUAAACCGAAAGUAACUAAAAAAGAAAAGGAAAAGGUUGGAAUUAAGCCAACGCCCCUAAUUGUGACUCAUUCGAAUGUUAAUUCCGAAACUGAAACAUCCCAGAUAGAAUCUUACAAUAUAAGUCUCUCGAACUCGCCCAUCCAAACUCUUUUGAAUACCCCUGAAUACGAUUUGCUCUCUCGUCAGCCUGAGCAGUUUGCGGAAGAAACAUAUCGUUUAGUUAAUUUUAAAUCCAAAAACGAAGCCGACCGGCAAAGGAUAUAUCAAUCUAAGAAAGAACCCAUUCAUGGCUAUCAAACAAGAUCAAGUCAAGAAUUUAGGAGCAUUGUGACGGCAACUAAGGAGUCCGGAAAAUUCUCAAAGGUAUCUCAGGUACAUCCCAUUUCGAGCGUUGAGAAAAAGAGUAAGCCACGACAGACGCGCAUAAACAAGCCAGUUACGGGCUCGAUUCAACCGAGUAGAACAUUGAAAGAGUCGAAUUCUCAGACUCAGUUAUCCAGCAAACCGCCACGCAAAAGCCAACAAAGUAGUCGCGACAAUAGGGGAUCAUCAACUACUAGAAAGUCUUCGCGGCCCAAAGGAAAAAGGAGGAACAAACACACCCAAAGUUCCAAACUGACAAUAACUCCAUCAGUAACAGAAACUACCUCUCGUCACUCAUAUCGGACGAAAGCAAAUGCAAAUGCUGUACAGGAAGAACCAGUAUCGGUUGUUAGCCCCAAUUCAUUUAAGUUAAAUAGGCGUCCUGGAAGAUGGCAAUACAAGUCCUCACCGAAGCCCAAAGUUAACAUUAGGAAGAAUGCUAGCCCCAAUGUACCGAGCCCCAUCCAAAACGAAACUUCUCCAAAUGAUGAGACCCCUGUUGAAAUCAUUACCAAUCAGGCUCUCAACAACGGAAGAGAUCUAGAGGCUUCUGGUUCCCAAAAUGGUCCUGUUGCGAAUAAUAAUAAUGAUGAUCCCAACUCUAAAUACUUUGUGCAAACACUGAACGUUGAAAUAUCGACACCUCAACCUUUCAUUGAUACCUAUUAUGAAAUUGCCACCAUUAAAACACCUUUUAUCUUUCAGGCUGGAGUGGUUAAGAAAACGCGUUUUUUGACCGUUACUUCAACAAUAGAGAAAGUAAUUCAAGAGGAGCACACUAAAGAAUACUCUGAAGAUGAUGGACCUUUGACAGAGAAUAUUUUAGAGGCUACAGCCAGCACCGAGGAUAAAUCUUUGGCGGGUAGUAUAACGACAUUGAAACCCAUUUAUUUGGGAGAAGAGUCGGAAACUCCCAGCUUGGAGACAGUAACAGAGUCCUUUUCCAUAACUCACACUAAGCUGAAAACUCAGAUCCUGCCUAUUAUAUUUGAAAAGAGAAAUGAAACGAUCCAAGUAACGCUGGUUCAGACAUAUGAUUAUACGAGCCUUAUCACCGUCACGCAGACAAUAUCCCCAUUGAGCGAAGACUUCUCUCCAUCGAAGAACUUUAAGGACUUUGAAGGAAGUUUGGACGAGGCAGGGUCCGAAAUUAACUUGGACCUUGAGUUCGGGGAUGAAGAUAAUACCGGCAAGUUUGACGCGAAAAUCAAACCAAAAAUAAAAGUGGACGUUAAAAAUAAUAUAAGCAACCCAUUAAUACCGGAAUCGAUUAGCUUCCCAGACAACCUGCAAAACAACUUGAUAACUUCAACGCGUCCUGUCAUAAAACUGGAAACAAUUUGGGAAUCCCAUGUGGUUCCCCUGGUUAGAGGAACCGAAACCAUCAUGAGAACGCUUUCAAAGUCUGUUGGGGUAGUUGAAAAAACGGAAUACAUAACGGAUGUGGCUACAAUUUCGAUGCCAAUUCCAUCAAUUCCAUCAUCACAAUAUCCAUUCUCAAUUAACCCAUUCAAUCCGUACAACCCAUUAUUGCCCCUUCCCCCACAGCAGUUUAUUACAUCCACUGAAGUUCAGCAAUCCAUGGUAACGGAAACGAGUUCCAAAGUUUUGAAACUGACUUUUGGUGCAAGAACCGCUUACACCACAAUAUUUUCCACUUCCGUCGUUCCAACAGCUGUUACACGAUUAAUAACAGCUACUAUUCCCGGUCAGCCCGGUCAAUCUUUCCCGAACUAUUAUCCGCCACCAUACAAUCCCUUUGCCUAUGUUGGCUAAUUCUUAAAUCCAUCGAUGUAAGUGCGAGCACCCAAAACCUAUUACUUCAUCUGCUCUAAUCAGGAGCCCUGUAUUAUAAUUAAGUUCAUGUGCAAAUAUCAAAAGGCGGUGAUACAAAAAAAUAGAUUUUAUUAGAUUGUAUAUGCACUUUGUCGCAAAAGUUGUUAAUGUAAAUAAUAAAAUUAAGUCUAAAUUAAGAUUUCAUCGAAUUUUUUGGAUUAUUAUUAGAUAAGAAAUGAAUGGUUGUAGUUUCGUUUAACUGCUGUUAAUAAAUUUUUUACCCUUUUUAU